CUGGCUUUUCCCUAGUUGGGCUGGGCGGUGAAGGGCGUGGGACUCCGUCUGUGCACAAGGAUUGGGAAAGCGCUUGGGGCACGGGGUGACUGAAGCUCGGAUCUGGUGCCCUUGGUAAUCUUCAGGCUUCCUGGGCGCGCUCUCUGCCGGAGAAUUUUAACGUGAAUUGGAAGAAAACGGUGCCAGCCCAAGGACACUACGAGGAGAGCUGAAGCCAGCGGGGGCUCUCCAGGCGGCGCCCAAGUCAGCACCAUGGGCAUCCUCUAUUCCGAGCCCAUCUGCCAAGCAGCCUACCAGAAUGACUUUGCUGAAGUCUGGAGGUGGGUGAAGGAAGAUAAUAGUUAUGUCAACAUUCAGGAUGGCUUCAAUGGAGACACUCCCCUCAUCUGUGCUUGCAGACGGGGACACCUGAAGAUAGCUGCCUUCCUUUUACGCAGAAAUGCCAAUGUGAAUGCCAAGAAUCAGAAAGAGAGAGCCAGCCUACAUUAUGCGGUGAGGAAGCGGUUCACCUUCCUUGACUACCUGCUCAUCAUUCUCCUGAUGCCGGUGCUCCUGAUUGGCUAUUUCCUGAUGGUAUCAAAGACGAAACAGAAUGAGAAUCUCGUCAGGAUGCUACUCCGCGCCGGCGCAGAUGUUAAUGCCACAGACUAUGCUGGCUGCACGGCUCUUCAUUAUGCGUGCAAAAUGAAAAACCAAAGCAUCGUCCCCUUACUUCUAGCUGCCCAUGCGGACCCCACCAUAAAGAAUAAGCAUGGAGAGACUGCUUUGGACAUUGUGCAGAGAUUAAAAUUUCCUCAGAUUGAAGCCAUGUUACGGAAAGCAUCCUAAUCCUCCCCGAUAUCAUAGAUGGAGCACUGAACCAAGGUCAAAGACUCUGGCUGGAUCCCUGUGUUUGUCUCUGUUUCCACCAUCUCAUGCCAGAGCAGGCCCUCCAUGUCUGUUCCUCGGUUUCUCCAUCUGUAAAAAGGAGAUUUUUAGUUACCAGGGAUGAUGAAAAUAAUGUGUUUCGUAUUUGUACAGAUGUUUCACCCUGAAGGAUUCACGUUGACCAUCCUCCUUCCAAGACUAAUGUCCAUCUUGGCCAAGGCCCCAUUUUACCUAAUGAAGUUUGUUUCUCAGAUUUACUCAGUCAGGUUUUCUAAAUGGAACAGACAAAAUGAAAGAGGCUGGUGUCUGUUUUCCCUCAUUCCACAUGUCCAGCUUGCCUUGUGUUCAGUCAGCCACAACAAGUCUUCAGUGAUGCCCUUUGGGCCACUCCUGUCCUGCCAUCCUCUAUUGACAAUGUCCCACAGUGAUGCCCACCUACUGCUGCCUUCUGGAUCACCCACAAGUUGGAUUCAUCAGAGCUCUUGGGGCCCCUGACUCAAAGCCACAGAAUGUUACCAGGAGAAUGAGGGGUCUUCAAAAGAGGUUGUCUGUGGCAGGGGCAGCUUGGGGUCUUUGAAAGCACUGAGCCUCUCCUCUACAGCUUACAAAUCUAUGUCUUCCUAAGACCUUAUCUUUCUACAAUGUCAUACAAAAGAGGGAUUAAGACUGUUGGAUAGCCGCCAGCCUUGGUGGUAGCUUCCCCUUGUCUUUUGGACCCAACAGCUGUCGACGGAGCUAUGAAAAGGGUGAGCACAGCUGUAAAGUCAAACUGACCCCCUCCUUCCACCACCACAGAGGCAGACCAGCCAGAGCUGUGACUAGGAUGGGGCAAGUGGACCUUUGCCUUAACAGCAUUUAAUUUAGAGGGCACUGAAUUUUGAGGGUGCAUUCUCAGCUCCCCAGCACACAGAAACAACAGAGCUCAGUGCCUGACUAGCAGGGAUAAGUCACCAAAAUCAGAAGCUACCUCUGUGGGAAGCUGGGGUGAGUUUCUCUUCCACUGUGCCCUCUCUGCUGCCUCUCUGUUACCCCUCCUUAUACGGCCUCUCUAGCACUGACCCAAUGCUGGAUCUCUGGCUCCUGGCCUUAAACCAUAGGAUGGGGUCCUUUGCCUCUUCUUCCAUUUCAGAGAUUCUUGCCCCUGGCAUUUUCUUGGUACACACUGUAGGUACACACAUUUUACUUUCAGCUCUGACCCCAGCCGCAGUCUAGACCAAAAGAAUCAUGGAUGGUCUGCUCAGAAUCCAAGAACAAACACAUAUCAGUCCGAUAGCUGACAGUAGUCAGGUGGGAUCUCUGAGAAGCCACUGUCCCAGUUACCAUGCCCUUGGCCUUGACUGUUACCACCUGUCCAGUUUUGGCUGGUUCCAGGUAAAUCUUGAGCUCAUUUGGCAAAGGAAGGGAAGGGGGGCAUGUUAAUGAUCUUGGGACAGUUUUCUGUCAAUUAAAGGUUUACAAAGUACUUUGUAAGGGUCUGUGAGGGUCUGGGAAGCUGGUAUCAGGAUUAUAGAUGAGUAAACUGCGAAGCUGUCACUCGUCCAAGGGCGCAUAGCUAAGAAUUGUCUGAGCCAGCGUCAGCUCCCAGGCCUCUUCCCAGCCAGUGAAAUUUGGGUAGAGAAGUGCUUGAUUUGGAAAUAGAGGACCUGGGCCAGAAUCUUGGCCCUUAUUAAAAACUGGGUGACUUUGAAAGGCAAGUUCCUUUGCUUUGGAACCCAGUUCCCUCAAUUUAUAAAAUAAGGUGGAUGGAUAACUGGUGUCCCUUACAGGUAGAAUUUUAUGAUCUUCUGACCCCGAAUACAGCGUUCUUUCCAGCAUGCCCCCUGGUUAUAUCAGCAUGGCUGCUGUUGCAUUGGUAUUGAUUAGUGGAGGCAGUGAGGUGGAGCAAUGUUGGAGCCAGAGUCAGGAAGUCCUGAGUUCAAAUCCAGCUUCAGACACUUACUAGCUGUGUGUGACCCUGGGUAAAUCAU